UAUCGGCAAAAACCCUCGAUCGAUCGAAUCACGCACACACACACACAGUAAUACAGUGAUGCCCUUGUAAGAUUCAUAAUUGACCUUGUUGUUGUGGUUGAUGAUGGAUGCUUUUACACAAUGGCUGAUGCUGACAAAUGGGUUGCUUUGAUUCAAAAAUGUAUUUUGAGUGUGUAUGCACAAAGAAAAGGUGUUAAUUAGAGCCUAUUGUUUGCUCACCCAACAGCUGCAUCGUUUCUUCAUUUGAGCAGUUUCACAUUUCUACAUUGACAUUGACCACAAUGGCCGAAUCACCUAUAUCACUAACACACACGCAUCAACAGACAUACAGGCGGUUGAUUGCAUGAAGCAUAAAUGGGAAAAUUCCAUUCUCAGCGCCGAUAAUGAAACAGGAUUUCAUUUCAUCGCGUUAAUAAAUCUAAUCAAUAGCCCGAGGGAUUUGUUUGUUUGUUUGUUUGUUUGUUCGAAUUUCGAACCAUUCACACUGAUGAACAAUGAUGAAUGUUGAGCAUAUAAAUGUUUCAGUCUAGAAUCGUUUUUGUUGAACAUAUGAUGGAGGGCUUUCGCGUGUUGGCGAUCACGUGGUUUAUUCGUGGUGUGUUUGCUUUUCAGGACAUGACCAAGUGGCAAAUUUCCAUCAACCAGGCAGCAUCCUUUGUUCGGUGCGGUGCUACACACGAUUAUCUGGCAAAUACGGUGUCCAUGUCCAUUGUGCAAGGUCGCCUAUACCAAUUUGUACGCUCGUGUGACGAUUCUCAGUUGACUGUUAUUGUCUACGAGCUUAAACCGUCCACCACCAACGUAGAGAGGUUGGACUUGUCCAACGGUGCAAGAGCGACAUUGAAUCAAGUGGAAAAAUCGAUUGCACAGAUGAUACAAGAUACAGCAAAAGUGAUUGACCGAAUGAACAUGCGAAUCCAUCUAGCCAUUUAUUAUUCGGACAAAUUGAAACAGAUCUUGUUCCAUUUGUUCAUAUCAGAUGUGGCCAACGACAGAUUCUUUGUGAUGACUGACUUGCCGGAUGGAGAGGUGAGCUUUUUCGAUGGAGAAUGGAAGUACAAGAUGCGUUUUGCGAUUAUUAGUGACAGCAAUGCCAUUUAUGUGAUCAGUUCAUUUUACGGCCUCUCACAAUUCCUAAUCAGACAAUUUGACAAAGAUCAUGAAUCUGCUUUGGCCUAUUAUCUGUGUGUGUUUGAAAAUCCACUUACCAUUCAGCGUUCAAAGAAGCCAUGCAUUAGCACCAAAGAAGCAAUCGAUGUAUUUGGUCAUGUUCAGUAUGGAUACACAUCACAAACCAUCACAUUUCCCGUAUAUCUUUAUCUGGUUGCACCGGCCAAAAAAACAGUGUGGAUAGUCAGCGAGGGCAUUCUUGGCGAUGAAAGUCAACGUCUCUUUAAGUUGAGACGCAUCUCGUUCCAAGAAUAUUUCCAUUGUCAGCAAAAUCCGGACGCUGCCAUUCCUGGUCGAUUUUUCGCAAACAGUGACAUUUCUUGGUUCUAUUUGGCGCCCAUAUUCAUGUUGGUAUUGUCCAUCAUGUUGGCCAUUAUGUACUGUUUUAUCCGCUAUUCGCGCUCUCGUCGCCGAUACGCAAUGUCAAUUUCAACUGAACCACAACAACAACAACCGACCUUGGAAUCGGAGAUUUCGAAAACGAUCGAGGCAGAAUACGACAAAGAUGACAAAAAGACAAGAUAUCCAUUACGGAUGGCUGGACAUGAAGAGGCGGAAAACAUUUUACUACGAUCACCAGCAACUUGACUUUGGUGCUAAUGAUGAUGAUGAUGAUGAUGAUGAUGGAUUUAUUUUUUUUAAUAGAUUCAAAAUAAACACAUUUGAACUGCCAUCCAGCGGC